GGAGGGUUUGAAAUAAAUAUAAUUGGGUUAUCGACAAUGGAGACUUUGAAGACAUCUGAAGACCCAAAUGAUCUUGAGCUUGAUAACAAGGAUAUCAGGAAACCCUUGAUUGAGAAGGGUGAAGAUGACCAAGGGAACGAAUCUUGUGCCACUUCAACCAGUUCUGAAGGCGAAGUCUCCCAGAUUCUGAUAGUGUACAUGUGUAUAACUAUUGUGAUAUUGGACUGCUCUUACGGAAUAUGUGCUCCACUGCUACCUAUUGAUGCUGAGAAGCACAAUAUCGACCAGGUUUACCUUGGGUUCAUGUUUUGUAUUUAUAGUGUUUCGAUGGCUAUAUUUUGCCCAAUAGUUGGCAAGCACUUGUAUACUUUUGGAAGAAGAAAUAUGUGCAGAUGGGGAAUGCUAGCUGUUGCAAUUCCUUCUCUUGGCUUCUUCCUCAACAAUUAUACUACUAACUCUACGCUAUUUAUCGUUAUUUUUAUGGUGAUGAGAGUGAUUCAGGGGAUAGGAACUAGUAUGGUUCAGACCUCGGUGUACUCUGUAUUAACGCUCACUUAUCCAACCCGAGUUAACUUUGUGAUGGCCUGUGUUGAAACUUCAGCAGGACUUGGACUGAGUUUAGGCCCAGUGAUGGGAACUAUCCUCUACGAAUUUGGAGGAAGCGCAGCUCCUUUCUUGACGUUCUUCUUCAUCUGUCUUUUCAUUGGGCUAUUUAUAAAGAGCUUGAUUCCUUACUUUGUUGAUGAUAUUCAGGAUAAUUCAACUCAAGAUAACACAGUAAAGCCCAAAUAUUCAGAACUUUUGACGAACAAAAGGAUUUUAUUUGCUUGCAUGUGUGUGUUUAUCUCAGUGUUCCAGUAUGCAUUCAUAGACCCAAUUCUGGCAGAAUAUGUAAAGGAUACAUUUAAUUUAGCACCACAAACUUCUGGAUAUUUCUUCCUUGCUCUUGGGCUUGGAUACAUGAUAAGUUGUAUUAUUAGUCCAAUGUACCUUGACUAUUUCUCGAACAUGAGAGUGUCUAUGAUAUCUUGCUUCUUGCUAGGCAUCUUUACUAUUUUCUACAGUUCUUCAUAUAUUUUGACAUUCUUGACACCCAACAUGAUGGUGUUGUCAAUGGCCCUUGUUGCUGCUGGAGUUGCCAACUCCCACCUGGUGAUAACUCCGAUGGAAGAGAUGAUAGAAGUUGCUAAAAGCUCUACCGAUUCUGAUAGUGAGAUGCUUAACGACAUGUGUUCAGGCCUAUUCAACAUGUUCUUUGCUCUUGGUGAAAUCUUCGGACCGAUGAUAGGAAAUGUUAUCUUUAGUAUCUGGGGCUUCCCAAUGAUUUGUGAUGCCCUUGGAAUUGCAUGAAUGGUGUUUGCUGUUCUAUACUUCUUAGCAUGUGACUUGUCGAUACACAAAUAACAACAUAAUUAUGCUAAAAGCUUGAGGAUUGA